AUGUCGGCCUUGCCUUGGUCUCUUGGUUUAACGAGAAGCAGAAAUAACACUUACUAUCGCGAAAUUCUCUUCUCCACCAAGACAUUUACUCUGAAUACAGGUGCUGCCAUCCCCACUAUCGGGCUGGGAACUUGGCAGUCAAAAGAAAACGCCACACGUGACGCAGUGAAACAUGCCCUGCAGCAUGGAUACCGACACAUCGAUACUGCGCUGAACUACGGAAAUGAGAGAGAAGUUGGAGAUGGCAUCAGGGCCCCAGGAGUGCCUAGAGAGGAGACAUGGGUAACCACUAAGUUGGAUAACCAUUGGCAUCACCGUGUGAAGCAAGGGUUCCGGACAAGUUUGGAUAAUUUAGGUCUGGAUUAUAUAUAUUUAUAUCUGAUUCAUUUCCCAUGCUCGACUGAUCCGGAAGAUCGGAGCAAGCACCUCUCUGAUUGGGAUUUUGUCAAGACGUUGCAAGAAAUGCAGAGGCUCCUCGAAACAGGAAAGGUAAAAAAUAUCGGCGUGUCGAACUUCCAGAUAAGCCAUCUCAGAAUGCUUCUCAAUCAUCCAUCAUGCAAGGAUGUUCCGGCUGUCAAUCAAAUUGAAUACAAGGUUCUCCACAACUUGAUCCACAACAAAAGAUAUGCACCCGAGAUAAAACAGUGUCGAAACUUGCAGAAAUUGUGGAUUCACAAGCUAUUGUCCACAUGUACGUGGCACACCAGCAAGUGGGAAGUCGAUCCUCUCACUUCUGUUGAGGGAUUAUUAUCGCCGGCAAGGAAGAAUCUUGAUGACCUGGGUAAUGGGGAUCCUUGGAAGAAUUUCGCCCAGAUUCUUAGACGCAGGUACCCAAAAGUACAAAAGGACAAGGAAUUUUUUGCUAAUGAUAAUGUGAUUAUUCUGGACGAAGCACAAGGUUCAUAUGAAGAUGAUGAAUUAUGGAACCAAAUCAUCAAAGAUAUCCGGGGUAAAAUCAGACACGAGAUAAAGCUUUGUCUUUUUGCCUCAUAUGGUAGUCCAUCAACGGGCUUACCAUAUAACAUGCGGAAUUACAUCAGGCCUGUGGACUUUGCUCCCGAGCAAUGCAUCUCAUUAACUCCAUCAGUCGAACAAGGGUCACCACCAAUAGUCAGAGACGAGUUUGAAAUAGUUGUGACGAAACUAUGUUCUUAUGAUUCUGUUGAAAAGUAUACCAUUGACGGUGACGCUCGCGACUAUAUAUACAAUUUCACAAAUGGACAUCCCGGGGCUGUGGGCUCAAUAGUAUACUAUCUUUCAAGCGCAACUAACUUGAAUUUUCAGGUAUAUCGCUCUCAGGUGAAACAUGGAGUUUUUGCUAUAAUAACAGAAGAUUCAGUGAUUUAA